AUGAUAUAAGUUGAAGGAAUUAAUAUAGCAGUAGAAGGAUGCUUUCAUGGCAAUUUUGAUGAAAUAUUUGGUGAAAUUAUAGAUAUUGAGAAAAAGAAACAAAUAAAAAUAGAUUUAUUACUUGUUUGUGGUGAUGUUUAAACUAUUAGAAAUAAAAAUGAUAUGUACAAUAUGGCAUGUCCAAAAAAAUAUUUAGAAAUGGGUUCAUUUUACAAAUACUAUACAGGUGAAAAAAUAGCUCCUUGUUUAACAAUAUUUAUUGGAGGAAAUCAUGAAGCAUCUAAUUAUUUAAGAGAAAUGUACAAUAUAAUUAAUUAUUAAAAGGCAUUUUGGAGGUUGGGUAUGUCCAAAUGUCUAUUAUUUGGGGAAUUCAAAUGUAAUUGAAGUUAAAAAAGGGAAUACUACAUUUAAAUUAGGUGGUAAUUCAGGAAUAUUUAAUAAUCAUGAUUUUAAUAAUCCUAAAUUAGAAAGUUUUCCAUUUACAUAAGACUAAUUACAUUCUGUAUAUCAUAUAAAAUAAUUUGAUUUAUAUAAAUUAAAUUUAUAUGAAGGAGAUAUAAAUAUAUUUUUAUCUCAUGAUUGGCCAUUAUGUAAAUUUAGAUAAUAUCUUAUUUAGCUAUUGAGAAACAUGGGAAUAUAAAUGAUUUAAUUCGUAAAAAAAAACAUUUUGAAGCAGAUAUUUUAGAUGGGAAAUUUGGGAGUAUUUCACAUUAAUAUCUAUUAAAUAAACUUUAACCUAAUUUUUGGUUUGCAGCACAUAUGCAUGUAAAAUUUGAGGCACUAGUAAAUCAUCAUUCAAAUAAAAAAACAAAGUAUUCAAAUUAUUUGAAUUUAAUAGAUUUUUGGCUCUUGAUAAAUGUUUACCUGGAAGAGAAUUUUUAUAAGUAUUUACAUAUACAAAAGAAGGAGUAGAUUUAUAUAAUUAAUUUGCUUUCAAUAAUGAACCAAUAGAAUUAUAUUAUGAUCCAGAAUGGUUAGCAAUUAUGAAAACUACUUUUAAUUUAUAAUUAAUUUGGGAUAAAAUGCCAAAAUUAUUUGAUAUAAAUUAUGCAUAAAAAGAGUAUAAUAAUAUAUUAAUGUAAAUUUAGAUUAAAAAUAAUAAGAUGGUAAAAAUAUUAACAAAUGUUAUAAGCAAAAUAAUAAUUAUUAAUUAAUUAUAAAAAUCAACGAAUUAAAAUACCAAAUAAUUUCUAAAUCACAGCUACUCCUUAUUAUAAAAAUGAUCCAACAAAUAAGUUAACUUUCCCCAAUAGAGUAAUAUUAAAUAACCAAAUUGAUGAUUAUUUGAAAUUGUUUAAUGAAUCAGGUUUAUAAUUAAAUGGAUUUCUAUUUUAUGAACCUCAAUAACCAUAAAAAAAAGAAAUAUAAAAUUAGUUUUAAGUAAUCAAUAAAAUUGAAAUACAAUAAAAUAAAGAAAAAGUAAAAUAAGAAAUUCUAAAAUAAUUGGAUUAAUAAUAGAAAUAAUAAAAAAAAGAUGAUAAUUUAAAUAUAUUAGAUUUUCCAUUUUUAUAAUGA